GAGGGAAACAAGCAUACCUGCGGCCUUUGAGUUACACCGAUUCCUCACUGGAGGGCCGCCUAUUCCUCUUGUGCCGGGCUCAACUCAACAGCACAUGCGAUGCCCCCAGCAAAACCGGGAGAUGGCGGCCCAAGCGCAGUCUGGCUCCCAAGACCAACAACCACACCAUCCCCAAAGGCGACACCGAAUUUUCGGGUUCCAGGGCCCUGGCCCAGUCGAUCCGCUUGCUUUUAGACCUUGCAUUGCAUCUGCAUACGAAAACAAACUAGGGACAGAGGUUUGGGCUCUGGUCGCUGGCUGGUGGACAGCACCAAAGACGCCACACAGUCACCGCAUCUUUGACAGCUGACGCAGAAUAGCAACACACAGACAGAAACAAGCCUGAUCAGCUCGCAUCUACUAUUGUGCUCGGUACCUGACUGGGUCCUCCGUGCUUGAUGCCUCCGCCUCAUCCUGAGCUUCCGUAUGCCCCGUCUUCCAUCAUGGUGUCACCGAUACCCGUUGGGACCUGCAUAAAAGGGUGUUUCCCUUCUUCCUUUGACCAGAGCACCUCACCCUACAGUUCCCUUUCCAUAUCUUCCAUACAUUGACACAGCGAGCCCGAAGAGACAUACAAGAGGGAGUGCCAUCAGUAGACCUCGUUACCUUCCAAGUUACCACCAGUUCAAUCAACACAACCCUCAAACAUGGGCCGGGGCCACUACGACGUUGCGGGUAUUCUCAAACCCAUGGGACCUCAGCGACCGUCUCCCAAGCGCAUGGGACAAGUCAAGCAGACGACAAGCCAUUUGGGGAUGCCAACCACCACCACCACCUACGACUUGACUCGGCGCUCUGCUCAGACGACUUCUCAGGUCCAUUGAUGCCCGUCUCGCCCUUUCGGCUUCCAGUCAGGCAGGUCACCCAGGACAAACCAUCAAGGCUACCCGCGCUCGGCUCAGAGGACAACGCAUCAUGUCAGUCAAUAUGGUCAGCAAGCUGUGCGCGACUUGUUCGGCCCUCUUGGGGCGUGGCAUCAGCACCGACGUGACCCAAACCAGGUCGUGCGACGAAGGCAUCAAACCCGAUAUCGACCUAGCCAACUCUCGCUUCUCUCUCUCUGCAUACACUCGCUUUACUACUAUUUGGCCCCUGCGCCGGCAUCGUUUUCUAUUGCCUCAGUCGUCACUCGACGUGCGGACCACGUCUUACAUUUGCCUUGUUUCGGCGUCCGAUGCACAGAUCAACCCCGAAUACAAGAACCAUGGAAAUGGGUCUCGAAAGAGUGUAGUGGAGUCCCCCAUGUCUGAACAAGCAAUCCUCCAUGUCACACCUCGGAAACGCAGUGAGAUGAGCUGUGGAGAAAUGGGAAGAUGCGAUCUCAUGACCAAGAACCUGCAACACAAGUCCGGCAUCGCCGAUCCAAUGUCUUUUGAAUUUCUUCAACGGGUAGGGUGUCGCAAACCAGCAAAAGGGCGCUAUAUGGAUGACUGCAUACCGCAUCGUCGGCCAUCACCAACGGUAGAGCCUGACUUGGCUUGUUACUUCCAACAGACCGACUGAAGCUGACGGGGGACCACUUGCACUCUUUUUUUUUUCAUGGCUUGACGUAAUGGCUGGAUGGGAAUAUGCAACGCCCGCAACUGCAUCUGAUCUCGGCAUUUUGGCGGAGGUCAAACCUGUGCCGGGAGCAACGAAAGAGCUGAGCUGAAACCGCCCGUUGGAAUAUGCAAGACAUCAUUGCGGGGACGCCGUAUUGCGUGCCCCCAAGCGGUACAAGAGUGCGAGGGGAGACUCGUAAAAGAUUAGCGGAAAUCGGGCACGGCUGAGGGUUGAGGCUGAGUAGAAAAUUAAUAGCAACAAAUAUGACAUAGCAGAUGCAUUCCACCUGGUUGCCCGACUGACCACUCAAGGGGAGGGGCC